AUGCUCCAGCAUCUCGACCUGUUGGGGUUUCAGGUCAACCGAGAGAAGAGCAAGCUCGCCCCCGCGCAGAGCAUCUUUUUUCUCGGGUUGGAACUGGACUCGGUCACCAUGAAAGUGUGCCUCUCCCAAGAGCGUGCCGAGCUGAUACCGAGCUGUCUGAGGGAGUUUGACAGAAAAAAGGUGGUACGCCUGAAAUCUUUUCAGAGGCUCCUGGGGGGCAACACGUACUGGUCAGGACGGACAGCACGGCGACAGUACCACAUAUCAACCGCAUGGGGGUAUACUCUGCCACCGCAUGUCUCAGCUCGCUCGCCGUCUGCUUCUCUGGAGUCAUACAUGGCUGAAAUCGCCCUUCAUAUUCCGGGAGAGCUCAACUGUGCGGCCUAUGCACUCUCAUGGCAGCUUCUAGCUCUGGGAGAAUUGAGACUCCACCACGAUGCACUGGCCCGCAGCUGGACUUUAAGAGAACGCUCCCCAAGUCCUGGCCAGAAUCCCUCCACCCCCCAGUCCAUAGACAGUCAAGCAGCUUUGAGUGAAACCUCCUGUGCUAUUAUCAUUGCUGGAAAUACGCCUAAGCGCAGACGCAGUGCUUACCUAGACGCUGAUGGUCCCCUAUCAUUGCGUCGAUCAACACGCUAUGCAUCAGGAGGAGACCGGACAGCAGAUGCUGGGGGAGGAGGAAGCAGCAGUACAUCUCUUCAAGCAAAGAGAAAGCUUACUGAGGUGCAGGCAUCGUCAUCCAAGUUCUUCCUUAACCUAGAGAAACAGACCCCUGUUCACAGUGGCUCUUCUUCUCCUUUACCCUUGACACCCAGCAAGGAUUUCACUGGAGGGCUUUUCUCAGUGCUGGAAAUCCAGAGGAAUUAUGAAUUAAAUGAGGUUCUAAGAUGGAAACUAACACCAGAUAACUACCCUCAGAGCGAUCAGCUUCCCCCACCAUCUUACCUUUAUGGCUCUCAGCACCUGCUCCGGUUAUUUGUGAAACUCCCAGAAAUCCUGAGGAAGAUGCAUAUACCAGAAAAGAAUCUGAGGGCACUUGUGAAACACUUUGAGCUUUUGCUUAGGUUUUUGGCAGAGUUUCAUGAAGACAUUUUUCCAGAGUCUGCAUAUGUGUCUGCAACUGAAGCUCAUUACAGCAUGAAGCAACCACGUCCAGUCUUCUAA